UUUAUGACGUCUUCGCUCCUCAUUAGCAAGGAUAGCAGCUUCAUUUUGAUGCAGCUCACGCUUGAAGCCCUCGGCAUUGCGGGUAAGGGCGGGGAAAGUGUUGAUCAAUCACAGCGCGGACAAAUAGCUCUUGUAGCUCGAUCCGUUGUGCUCAUUUUCGUGUAUGCCAGGUAUCGUCGCCAGAUGUAA